GGGACAAAAGAUUUUGUAUGGCGCCAAUCUAGGAUAUGUCCUGUUAAUCGAGCUUGGUUAUGUGGUUCGUACACGUAGGAAAAAUUUCGCGGUUUUAGUUUUUUCGUUAAAUUAGGUAUUCUACACUUUAUUAAAGUUGAUCAAUUUCAUACAUAACAUCAUUAAAAGACUGUAUAUUGAAAAUGUCAAACCGCAGUACAAAAUCUGACGACAAACGUUCUUUACAAUCAACUGAAAACUUUAAAGAAUACGACGUUGAAAAACUGAACUCCGUAGGACACAAUUCUGAAGGAGAAUAUGCCGAAACGUCUAAACUUUCCUUCCAGGACCUACUACGAAUCCACCACAAGCAAACCGUUUGGGGUUUCCAAUUCGGUAAAGAAGCCAGAGAGAGUAGUUUAGCUAGGGACAAAAACAAAAAUAAAGAUGCCGAUUGGGAAAAAUGUGACGAAACGCAGACUGUUGUGGAUAGUGACACAGCUAGCACGAGUAGCUGUAAAAGUAUUACUGAAAAGGAUCACAAGACACCUCACAGUAGGAAGAGAACUGGUGUCCGAAGGACUGGAAAAAGGAAAAAUAGUUCAAAGGCCACGAAUGAUUUUGUUUCACCACAGAAAACCAGGAAGGCACCGUUACCUUUGAUGGAUUGGGCAGACUCCAAGGAGGUAUGGUUAUAUAUGGUUUACAAAGAAGAAGCUUCGUUGAAUCUACGGAAUCCCCGACUUUUCGAAGACUUUUCGAACUUCAUGCCGCGCAUGCGCGCCAUAUUAUUAGACUGGGUGAUGGAGGUAUGCGAGGUUUAUCAUUUACGUCGAGUUACAUAUUACCUGUGCGUAGAUUAUUUCGAUAGAUUUCUUUCCAUACGGCCGGACGUACCGAAAAAUCAAUUACAAUUAGUCGGCGUGACAUGUUUGUUUUUGGCGUCGAAAUUGGAGGAAGUCUACCCGCCGAGAUUAUCCGAAUUUUCUUACGUGUGCGACGGAGCUUGCAGUCCGGACGAAAUUCUGGCCUGCGAAUUAUUAAUUUUGAACAGUUUAGGUUGGGAUUUGAACAUAAUGACGCCGAGCGAUUGGUUGAAUCUCUAUAUGCAGAUACAUUUCCAAGUGGGAAAUGUAACCAGACAAAAGUUACACGUCGAUAUGAAUAGACAGUUUUUUUUCCCCCAAUAUUCCGGCUAUCAAUUUACCAGAGCUUCGCAAUUAUUGGAUAUGCUGAGUUUGGAUCCGGGAUUUUUGAAAUUUAGCUAUAGUACGAUAGCUGCAGCCGCUAUGUAUUUUAUGUACGGUAAAAGUGUGGCGUUGAAUACUUCGGGUUUGUCGUGGACGCAGCUGCAACCUUGCGCCGAAUAUAUGGCCGUGUUUUAUCAUGUCAUAAGGGACAGUCCUGAUCCGAGGUUGCAAAGUUGUAAAGGAGAUAACGCAGUCGAUGAACCAGCAACUAAUUCGUUGGAUAGUAUCAGGCAUAAUGUAAAAAAUUUGGUGAAAGACGAAAACCAUUCGCUCCAAACGCACGUAGUAAACAUGGAAUACUUCGAAAAAUCGGCGAUAAUACGCCUUGAACAAAUGGGUUUGAAAGUAGAAAGGACUUAUGUGAAAAAGAAGAAAGACAAAACGUCGAGUUCGAUUUGCGAAGAAAAUAGCAAAGAAAACGAAAUAGACGAUCCACAAAAUUAUUUAUGCAUGUACGAAUUGGAAAAAUUAAGUUGCGAAGCGGAACUUUUAAGCGACGAAGAAUUAUCUAUAACGCCGCCACAUACUUCGGACGCGAAUCUGAUUUUGCCCGAAGAGAACAAAGCAGUUUUAAGUUUCGAUGAAAUUUUGGAAGGUAUCGUUAAAUGUAAUAAAAAAAAUAUACCUCUACAGGAAUUAGAUAGUAAUUUAGAGAAUAUUAGAGAGAGCGGUUCGGAUUAGACUUAUAUUUAAGUUUUAUUUUAAUUUGAGCUUUGGACGAAUUUGAGAGUUUCUAUAAUAUGAUGGUAAAAUUUUCCACUACAACCCCUUGUUUCCCAAGUGGUUAUCGUGAUCAUUAUCAUCCCACAUCGAUCCGGAUUGGAGAAUAUUCGUCUUCUUCAAUUUGGCGUGACGUGGGUGCGAUCGCCCUCAGUAAAACAUUGAAAUAGGGAAGAUCGAGAAAGUAACCUUCGAUUUUUGCAAAAACCUCUAAUGAUUUGUGCCUCAUAUGCCCCGCAACACUUUUUCGGUUUCUAUAGAUUUCACAGAUUCAGAAAAAAAAUUAAGCCGCGGUUGUUCAUCCGUUCUCUAGAGCAAAAACCAAGUGAACCAGAAGGGGAAUCGUCCAUUAAAUGUUGUCCACGUUCCGAAUUACUUAAUACCCUUACAAUUUUUUGAAACAACUGUAGUAAGACCACUUUUUUGCAUGUUCUGAAUCUUUAUCGGGUUAUAGUUCACUUGCUCUCUCCAACUGAUCAAAGUAUCUUCCCAUUUGUUCUCUAUUAAACGCCCGUGCUCUGCUAGAAGAGAUUUAUUCCUUCUAUAAUCACCAAAAACACUGAACACCAUCAAAUACCCUUACAGAUUUAAUUGUUGCUCACAGAGAAGCCAAAUUCAGCGCCAUCUAGUGACAAAUCAAUAAGUACACUGUCUGGCUCUGGUGCUCCAACCUUACUAUUUGUAAUGAUGUCAUAUUUAGGUAAUAAAAUUUAGUAAAACGACAAUUUUUCACCCCUAGGUAAUGUUUUUUUGAAAAUUUAUCUAUAUAUCAAAAUUUAAGCUCAAAUUAUACUCUUAUAAGUUCAAAGCGCAAAUAAUACUGUAGUAAACUGUGUGAUUUGUAAUUUAAGAUCAUGUUAUAUGUCAUUUUUUUUUUAAUUUAUGGUGAACACUUUUAUACGUUUUAAUAAUUCAUUAAUUUGGUGUAUAUUUCGUUUUAUCGUCAUUUAUACAAAAAAAAAAAAUUGGAAUUUUGGAUUGGUUUCGUUACCAAAUUAAUUUUAGAUGAAAUAGUUUAGUUGGUAAUUUUCUCUUUAUCGUUCUACGAUCAAAUCAUUUUAAACUCCAUCGCACAGAAUCCAAAAGACGUAACUUCAUAAAUAUGUCCAGUCGGUCAACUUAAAACACUUUUAUAAGUUAGUGGUUCGUAUCCGGCUCGAAAGACCAACUAAUUUAGUCUAAAACCACUUGUAUAAGUUAGUGGUUCAUACCAGGCUCGAAGGACCAACUAAUUUAGUCUACAACCACUUCUAUAAGUUAGUGGUUCAUACCAGGCUCGAAGGACCAAACAAUUUAGUCUAAAUCCACUUGUAUAAGUUAGUGGUUCAUACCAGGCUCGAAGGACCAACUAAUUUAGUCUAAAACCACUUCUAUAAGUUAGUGGUUCAUACCAGGCUCGAAGGACCAACUAAUUUAGUCUACAACCACUUCUAUAAGUUAGUGGUUCAUACCAGGCUCGAAGGACCAAACAAUUUAGUCUAAAUCCACUUGUAUAAGUUAGUGGUUCAUACCAGGCUCGAAGGACCAACUAAUUUAGUCUAAAACCACUUCUAUAAGUUAGUGGUUCAUACCAGGCUCGAAGGACCAACUAAUUCAGUCUACAACCAUUUGUAUAAGUUAGUGGUUCAUACCAGGCUCGAAGGACCAACUAAUUUAGUCUACAACCACUUCUAUAAGUUAGUGAUUCAUACCCGGCUCGAAUGACCAAACAAUUUAGUUGUUAGUAUUAAUUUAGUGAUACUAAUCAAUUCAAUAAUAUUUCCAAAUCAUAUUAUAGGAUGAAUGAAGAUCAUUUUUUGUUUUAAGUUGAUAUUUUAGUGAUUUUGAUACUUUUUCAAAUGAUGCGGAACGUAUUAUUCCGGUGAAAUGUAGUUUCAAAUUACUUUACGAAAGGAAAAAUUAUUUAUUUUAACAAAUUUAAUACUCGAUUUCAUUUGAGAAGUAGUAAAUAAUUGAAAAUUACUAAAAAAUAUUAUAUCGUAAUGCUUUUCGUAUUUAUGAACACUCUAUAUAUUCUUAAGGUGAAUUAAUAAGCACUGUCUCUUAUGUUCUCAAUUUAUUUAAAUACUACACUUAACUAAUUAAUAUAAUUCACUUUUCACUAUCACUUAACUAAUUUAUUUAAAUUCUUUGAAUACUUGUCUAUUUCACUAUGAAUAUUUAUUAUAAACUAAACUAAACAAAAAACUAUAAGAAACAAUGUAAAUAAACCGCCUGAUAUAAAAACAAAGAUCAAACGAAUUCCGGGUAUUUCAUCAAAGACGGCGCCUUCGCCGAAUUUUUAGUUACUUGUGACGUGAAAUAUUUUUCUGAAAAUUAUUUCCUGUUCAAUUUAUAUGACAUAUUUGAAGUUACGUCUUAUGUACGUGAUCCGUUGUCGACUUUAUUUGUUUAAAAUGUUUUGUAACGAAAAGUUACGAGUGUGUUGUAAGGAACGAAAUGAUUGUAUUUACUAUUUUUCUUUUCAUAUUUUUAUAAAUACUUGUGAAUUUGAAGUUAUUAACCGUUAAAACCUAACAUGUUUUUAAUAAUCUUGAAUUUGUUUUCAUUAUAACCAAAAUUUUAUGUAGAAUAAUUAUUUUGUUUUGUCCUAUUUAGUAGAUGAUUAAGUUUUAGCGGGAAUGUUUUUUGUUUUGUCCUCACAAUACAUUUUCCUUUGUACAUUAUCGUUUUUUUCCUUUAAAUUGAGGAAACAAAAACAAUUUGAUCUCAAAUUAUCUGAUUUGUGUAUAUUAAGAGUUGAAAAUUAAUUUUAGACAGGCGGUUUUGAUUGGAAAAGCAAAUUAUGUACAGUAAAAGCAUAUUUUUAACCCUCUAAUAUUAAAAAAAGCCUGACGCCGUUUUUUUUCGAAUAUGACAUUUUAACUUAUUUUAAAAUAAUACAGCUUCCAAUUAUUUUCUAUUUAUUGUUUCCGAUGCUUUUUUUGGACAUAAGGUAUAAUAUUUAAUUAGAAAAAAACAUAUUUGGUUGAAAAAACAGUUUCAAAGAUGCAGGAUUUUGUACAUUACAAAACACAGAAAUUUAUAAUGUUUUCGAUGUAAAUAUUGACCUGGAUUAUUUGUGAAUAAAGAAAUCUAUUUUUAUUUCUC